AUGAUCUUCCGGCAGCACUCGCUGUCCGUUUUCCUGCGCGUCCUGGGAACAGCCCGAGGAUCAGUGAGCCUUCUGUCACGCAGCUGCUGUGGCACAGGCCCUUGCAUCUUUCUCCACAGAUCUUCGCCAGCCCACAGUCCGCAAAGAGUGGGCGGGACGCUGUUUGGACCGGGACCGAGUGAGGCCGGAGACCGGGAGCUGCGCCUCGGGUUUCGGCUGCACCACCGGCGGGUCGUGAAUCCUUUCGAAGGCAGAGCUGAAGCGACCGGCGGAGAUUCCGUGAGAUGUUUCAGCUGCACGGAGGGCGCCCGGCCUUUCCCCGCCGAGGAUCGGGGCCUGUUGUCUGGAGUUGUCUCCCAGACCCGUCCCUUCCUGCCCGGAGACGGGAGCUGCCCCGCAGCGGCUGCCGGUGGAUCUCCGGAGCUCUCACCGCUCCCCUGUGCAAUCCGAACGGCUGAAAACCAAGGGAGAACAAGGCGCAAAGGAGCUGGGGAAAAGCGAGAGAGUGCACAGAUAACCGGUAGUGAAGAGAUGGAGUUCGGAUCCCGACGAAGAACCCAAAACGGGUGGCAGGAUCGUGCGGACCGUGCAGAUGAAGAGGACACUUGGCUGAGGACAGAGAUGGGGUCUGCAGAAAGAGGGGACAUUGGACCUAUGAUUGUCGCACUGCAAUCACAGACAAGAAUAAUAAGGGGCAGGAAGAGAGCCCGAAUCACAGUGAUAAUCGAUAGAGUACCACAUUUACUCUCCGCAAUCCCUUUGGUCUCGGAUAGGGCAGGCCAGAGGGGACCGAUCACAGUGAUACUCGACAGAGUACCACAUUUACUCUCCACAAUCCCUUUGGUUGGAUAGUGCAGGCCAGAGGGGACGGAUCACAGUGAUACUCGACAGAGUACCACAUUUACUCUCCGCAAUCCCUUUGGUCCCUGAUAGUGCAGGCCAGAGGGGACGGAUGACAGUGAUACUCGACAGAGUACCUCAUUUACUCUCCACAAUCCCUUUGGUCCCGGAUAGGGCAGGCCAGAGGGGACGGAUCAGAGUGAUACUCGACAUAGUAACAGAUUUACACUCCACAAUCCCUUUGGUCCCGGAUAGGACAGGCCAGAGGGGACGGUGAUACAGGCGGCUCUGAUCAGGCUCACCACACAGGCAGUCUGUUAUCUCACUGCUGUAUUCAGGUCGAAGGUACAAGAGCCUCAGGACUCGCCCCACCAGGGUCAGGAACAGUUACUACCCCUCAACCAUCAGGCUGUGGAACAACACAGGAUAACUGCACUCACUUGUUCAUAGAGAUGCUCCCACAAAAAAUCAUCGUACUGGGACUGUCUCAAAAUGAGUGAAAUAUGAGGUGGUUUGACUGAGACAGAUCACAUUAGGGAUCCCUACUUCUCAUUUUCUGAAACACUCGGUUACCUUUGCCCCUCACUGUUUCUUGUCCUGUCAGAUUGAACAGGGAGCGCUGAGUCUAUCUGCUGCCGCUGCGGUUAUUUUUUUGCUUUGGCGAAGUUUGUUGUCUUCUGCACUCUGGUUGAUCUUUCAGUGAUCCAGAUAUAGUUACCGUUCUGCAGCUUUGCUCUGUAUGUUUGUAGGAGUUUUCUGUGGCGACUUAUAUGUACUCUGUUAGUUUUUAGAAUAGUCGCUUGGGGAAUCUGAGGUGGAGGAGUACUUGGGGCUUAUUUAAAAUUAGACAUAGAUAUUAUCCAAACAGUGUUUAUUUGAGAAGGGUUAAUUCUGAUAUUGAAACUAACUGCUCUUUUUGUGGUUUAUAUCCAGAGGAUUUAUUACAUCUGUUUUGGGAUUGUGAAUAUGUUCAACAUUUUGGGUUGAUGUUUGUCAAUUUAUGGAUCAAUAUAUUAAUGUGGAUUUUACUUUUUGAUUUCAAAAUGUCUUAUUUGGGUUUACUAGUAAUAUCAAAUCUCACAGGGAUCAUAUCUUUAUCAUAAAUCUUUUGUUAAUUUACAGCAAAUUUUAUAUCCAUAAAUGCAAAUAAAGCAAUAAGAAACCUUCAUUUAUAUUUUUACGUCAGACUGCAAUCUAUCCGAUUAUACUCUGAAAACUUCCCGUAACCAGAAACCUGUAAAGACUGGACAAAUCUGUCAAUGUUUUGUGUUAUCUCUGUAAAUGUUCCUGUUUUGUGACUCCUCUUAGAUACAGUCCCUUCUGUCCAACAGUAUUUAGAGCAGAUUUCCUUGUUUAUUUGUAUAUUUAAAGUUAAUAGUUAUAUAUUUGUUGCCGCUUUUGUGUGAUUCCCUGGCUUUGUUAGCAUAUGUUGAGUGUUUCUGUUUUUGUUUGUGUUCAAUAAAAAUUAAAAAAAAUUAAAAAAUAGUAAUAAUAAUUCUCUGACCCCCAUUCUUCACCACAGCCAAAGGAAACAUCAUUCCUGUCUCUACCCUGUCAAUGCCCUGUGAGACUGUUUCUCUCUCAGUCAGACGGCCUUUUAUUUCUCUAAUUUUGAGACAGGCCCGGUCAGUAUAAUCUCUCCGAGGACACUACCUCACCUCCUAAAUCAAUCUGGGAAAUCUCUUCAUUCCCUUCAUCCCACAGGCUGACUCCGGGAGGGAGACCAGACCUGAGCACAGUGUUCUAUGUACGCUCUCAUCAGGACCCCAUACACCUUCAGAGGAGAUCUUUAUUCUUGUAUUCAAACCUUCCUUCCCAUUCAAUGCUCUUCAUUUAAUAUCGAAAUGAAACAGAGAACAGACACAACACAGCCUCAGCCCUGAAUUUAAAGGGCAGGUGUUGCAACAGUUUGAGCUUCAUACCGGGGGCCACGGGGCAAGCAGGGUGUCACAAAGGGAGGAAUGUGGGAGUGUUGUUUGUCUGAGCCCAGCUGUGUGUGUUUGUGUAUCAGAAUCAGGUUUACUGCAUCUGUGCUGAAAUUUGUUCUUUUGUGUCUGCAGUACAAUGCAAUGUUUAGUAAUAACAACUACAGGUUACAAUUAGAAUGUGUAAAAUUAUAUUUAAAAUGUAGUGCAAAUAUACUGAGGAUAUAUACCGAAUAUACUGAGGAAGUGUUCAUGGGUU